AUGACGGUCAGCUAUAAUCAUCAAGUUGCCACAUCAAAGCCAUAUUUGAUCUUGAAAUUGUUGGCAAGAUGGAAGGGUUCUGUAUGGAAAGCGGUUUCGCUCGAGCUCGGGAUCUGGAUCAUCGCCUAUUACACAAUAUUUUGCAUCUAUCGUUUUUGGAUGGGGGAUUAUAGUAAAAAAAAAUUCGAGGAUUUCAUUCGUUUUUUCCAAGGUUCGAUGAGCUAUAUUCCAUUGGAUUUUAUGUUAUCAUUCUUUGUUACAAUUGUCGUCAAUCGAUGGUCAACUAUAUUUCAAAAUUUGGGAAUGAUUGACAAUAUUGCUCUUUUUGCCUCAAACUAUAUCAAAGGAAACGAUGAAAGAGGGAGAAAUUUGAGAAGAAAUGUCGUGAGAUACUGUUGCCUGUCUCAAGCAAUGGUUUUUCGAGAUUUAAAUAUGCAAGUGCGACGCCGAUUUCCCACUUUUGAGGACUCUUGUCGCAGC